CUUAGGUGUGAUUCCCAAUUUUUAGUGCGCAUGCAUCGAUUUUCAAUUAGGAAUGUAGCUGCCUUUGCAAAUUGAAAUUGCAGGUUAGAUUAGAUUAGCUGGUCUCCUUUUCAUAAAAUAUAAUUAAACCUUUUGCCUACCAUAUUGUGUGAGAUUCGUGGUAAGGAAAUCGGCCAAACAUGAGUAUCACGGAAACUCCGGCCGUGGUGAAAAAGUUAAUUAUAUUUUAUGGGAAAGAGAGAUCCAGCUAAUCUAACCUAACCUACAAUUUCAACUUACUGAAGGCAGCCACAUUCCUGGUUAGAAAUCGACGCAUGCGCACUAAAAAUUGGGGACCACAUAAAAAAUUCAGUGUCCAUACUGUAUGCACUUAUACUGUAGCCUAAGGUGGUUCUACAAUAAAGUGCCAAAAAUUUAGAGCGCCUUACCAGGAUCUAUCUAAAAUCACAAAUAUCUACAUAAUUUGGAUAAAAUAUUAAAGACAGCCAAGACUGGCAGAACUGGCAGGUGGCAGUUGGUGGUGGUCGGCUAAUAAUUCGACAGUUACGAGUCGUGGUGUGGAGCAGUCUUUGGCAGUCUGUGCGUCUAAUUUUCGUGUCGUUUGUGUCGCUCGCAGUGCGGCUUGCUACUCCUCACUCGCCAAGUCGAACUAUUUCCAUCUGCUCUGCUAGUAUCUAUUGUCAAUAGAAGCUGUCUUGUCAAGUCGAUUAAUCGUCGAUUAACGUUAACAAUGGCAUCGUAUGUAACUGAUUUUUACAAUAGUAAAAGUGUUUUUAUCACCGGUGGCACCGGUUUCGUCGGCGUCUGCUUGAUAGAGAAACUCUUGAGAUGUUGCCCUGAUAUCAAGAAUAUUUAUUUGCUAAUGCGACCGAAGAAGGGAAAGCAGAUCAUGGAGAGAUUGGAGGAAUUGAUGAAAAACUCGGUCUUUAAUCGAAUAAGGGAGGAGAAACAAACCGAUUUAUUUAAGAAAUUAAUCGCAAUUCCCGGAGAUGUUGGUGAAGAAAAUUUGGGAUUGUCUUCACAAGAUCGAACAACCUUAAUAAAUACAGUAGAAGUCGUUUUCCAUUCAGCCGCUACGUUAGACUUUGAAGCCGAUCUAAAAACUACAACAAAUAUUAACUUAUUAGGAACUCGCAGAAUCGUCCAACUCUGUCAAGAGAUUAAAAGACUCAAGGUGCUGGUUCAUGUUUCUAGUGCGUAUGUUAAUGCAGUAUUGCACAAUGUCGAUGAAAUAAUAUAUCCUGUGCCAGCGGACGUAAAUACAAUUUUGAAGCUAGUUGAUACACUAGAUGAUGCUACCUUAAAUUCCAAAACACCAGAGAUAUUAAAAAAUCAUCCAAAUCCUUAUACAUUCACCAAACAUUUGGCUGAACACGAAGUAUUAAACGGAGGUUUUCCAGCGACUAUCGUUCGUCCUUCGAUGAUAGCGGGAGCAUGGAAAGAACCAGUUCCAGGAUGGACAAUAUCAAAGAAUGGACCACAAGGUUUUAUAUUAGGUGCCGGUAAGGGUGUCAUAAGAAGAUUGCCAGUUGCAAAACAUCUUAUUUAUGAUUACAUUCCAGUAGAUAUGGUCGUAAAUAGUUUGAUUGUCGCAGCUUAUAAUGUCGACCGUGACAGCGACAAAGGGUUAAAGGUGUAUCACUGUACAUCUAGCACGUGUAAUUCUUUCAAAUGGGAAUCUGUAGAAAAGGAAAUUAAUACCUAUUUACACAACUAUCCGAUACGAAGCGCUGUUUGGUACCCAUAUCUCAAGUUUUUACCAUCACUCUUUUUGUUUAGAAUCUCGGCUAUCUUUGUUCAUUUUAUUCCUGCUUAUAUUUUGGAUGCAAUUACACGAUUAUGCGGAGGCCGUCCUAUUCUAGUUCGUUUGCAUACAAAUGUCAACAGAUCAUUAAACCGCCUUGAGAAAUUUAUCUUUCAAGAAUGGAGAUUUAAUAAUCCGCGCUUGUUGCAGUUGCACGAAUCGUUAUCACUAGAAGAUCAAAAAUUAUUUACGCUUGAUAUGAGACCAUUGAUCUGGAAAGAUUAUUUUACAGAUUUGAUACAAGGUGUCAGAACAUAUCUUCAUAACGAAUCUCCAAAAUCUUUACCGAAAGCACGUUCCAAACAUAAAAUUCUUACGAUUGCUCAUCUGGGUUUACAAGCUGCUCUAUUAGGUUCGAUUUGGUGGCUGGUUAAAGUUUUAUUUGCUACAACAUGGACAAAAACUGGUUUAGUUGUACCAAUAACAUAUUUGCUGUUUGAUCAAUUAUAAAUAUUAAAAUAUAUA